AUGGAAGGAACCUUAUUUGGUCUUGCUAGCUUCUCCCACAUCGAGAAUAUAAACGAAGAGAAGCAGAGAGCAUCAGCUACACAUAAUCGUCAAGUCAGGAUUCGAGCUAACGCCUUAAAUCCUUUGGACAUAGCCAAAAUCCAUUUCCAUGACUUACCAACUCCUGAAUUUGACUCCCCUGAACCUGACUUUAAUUCCUUAAGCAAAUUUCCCGUGCAUCUUCAGCCAUCAUGGGAUGCUUGUAUGCUUUUGCGCGAGCCCAUUGCUUCCUUCUUUCGCGAUAUUUCUUCAAAAUCAAGACGAGUUGUUGUUGUUCAUGAUUCUUUAAUGUCCUACAAUGUUCAGGAUGUUUCGUCCUUUCCCAAUGUGGAAUCUUAUGUAUUUAAUUGCAUUUCAGUAUUCACUUUGUACUGUUUGAUAUGCAUAACUAAGGGAAUGUCUAUCCAACUUGAGGAAGAAUUGCUUAAAAAGCUACCUUCCCUUCAAGGAAUAGUGACAGAUGAAAUCAGAGAAUUCGGAGCUUCUCAGAAACCGUAUAUGGAAAUCAGAUCAGGUGAUAUCCAUAAUACGAGUAAAGUAAUCGAAGGCAAGUUUCUUGAUUUGUUGGCACAAGUAACAAGUGAACAAAAGAAGAAACAAUGGGCAAUUGGACCAAUUCUCCCUACUAAAUUAGAUCAUAUCUCAAAAAAGAACAAUAUAUGUUUGGACUGGCUUAACAAACAACCUCCAAGAUCAGUUCUUUAUAUAUCAUUUGGAAGAACAACUUCAUUUUCCUAUAGAGAAAUCAAGGAGCUUGCGAUGGGAUUAGAACAAAGCAAACAGAAGUUCAUAUGGGUGUUGAGAGAUGCCGAUAGAGGAGAUAUCUUUACUGGAGAAGCUAGAAAAGUUGAGCUGCCAGAAGGGUUUGAGGAAAGAGUAAAAGAGAUAGGCUUAGUAGUUAGAGAUUGGGCACCACAACCAGAAAUCUUGGCUCAUUCGUCGAGAGGCGGGUUCAUGAGUCAUUGCGGAUGGAAUUCUUGCAUAGAGAGCAUUACUAUGGGAGUGCCAAUAGCUGCUUGGCCUAUGCACUCUGACCAACCAAAAAAUGGACUUUUAGUAACGGAAAUAUUGAAAAUAGGAAUGCUUGUUAGGGAGUGGAGGAAACGCGAGGAGCUGGUGACUGCAUCCACUAUUGAGAAUGUUGUGAGGAAGUUAAUGGCAUCAGAAGAAGGUGAUGUGAUUAGGAAAAGAGCAGAAGAACUAGGAGAGGCUGUAAGGCGGUCCACAGAGAAAGGGGGUGCUUCUCGUAAGGAGUUGGAUUCUUUCAUCGCGCAUAUCACAAGAUAG